AUGAGUGUGGGUUUACUGUUCCACUACACGUGGGUUUGGAUUCUGAUGGAAGAUUAUCAGUGAUGGAGGGAUGAAAUUCUGCAUCAUUCAGUCAUUCAGUGGAUAAACAGCUGAAGCAGCAGGACGGUUCGAACACGCCAGCAGCCAUGACACCACAUCCUGCGGUUCAGGCUGCUAUAGACCUGUCGGCCGGAGCGAUAGGAGGGAUGGCGUGUGUGUUCAGUGGUCAGUCCAUGGAUACGGUGAAGGUGAAGAUGCAGUCCUUUCCGUCUCUCUAUCGCGGUUUCCUGCACUGUCUGACCUCCACCUACAGACAGGUGGGCAUCAGGGGUCUGUACCAGGGCACCGUGCCCGCGCUCGCCGCCAACGUGGCCGAGAACGCCGUGCUGUUCAUGAGUUACGGAUUCUGCCAGGAGGUGGUGCGGCACGUGUGCGGCCUGGAACAAAGCGCCACGCUCAGUGAUGUUCAGAAGGCGGGCGCUGGCGCGGUGGCGUCGGUUUUCUCCUCGCUGGUCUUGUGCCCGACAGAGCUGGUGAAGUGCCGACUGCAGGUGAUGAACGAGAUGGUGGCGUCAGGAAAAAUCAGCUCCGCCCACAACUCAGUCUGGACCGUUAUUAGGGGUGUGAUGAAGUCUGAGGGUCCUGCAGGGUUUUUUCGGGGUCUCACCCCCACCAUCGCCCGGGAGGUGCCCGGGUACUUCUGCUUCUUCGGGGCGUAUGAGCUCUGUCGCUCGUUCUUCUCUCAGUACAGGAACUGCAGCAAGGAUGAUCUCGGCGCGGUCUCCAUCGUACUGAGUGGGGGUGUAGGUGGGGCGUGUCUCUGGUUGGUGGUGUACCCGAUGGACUGUGUGAAGUCCCGGAUCCAGGUGAUGUCCAUGACUGAAACUCCGGCCGGGUUCUACAGGACCUUCAUCCACAUCUUCAGGACCGAGGGUGUGAGGGCUCUGUAUUCGGGUCUCACCCCCACCAUGAUCAGAACGUUCCCGGCGAACGGUGCGCUCUUCCUGGGCUACGAGGCCAGCCGAAAACUCAUGAUGUCCCAGUUUGACAGCUGAUCUGGAGUCAGACUCCAUCACUCCAUUCACACCAGAACACCUCACUAAAACCUUUAUUAUCUAACUUUUAUUUAUGCUUAAAAACUUCAAAAUAACGUCAGAAAACAAGUAUUUUAUUAGAAGUACCACAUGACCAAAAGUAUUCGGACGCCUGACCGUGACUGAUUUAUUACCUGUUAGUGACUGUUGUGGCUGAAACACAUGAAUCUGAUCAUUAGAGGGGCGUCCCAAUACUUUUGGCUGUAUUAUUUAUAGGAACAGUCACACUGAGGUUUGUUUGUAUUCUAUUGUAAUGAAGCACAAAAAUUUUACAUCCUGACCCGAGAAAUUUUUCUACACUGAUUAUAAAACGUGUUUAUUUUAGUUUCAUCAGAUAUUUAGAAUCACAAACCUGCAGAUCUGAUCUGUUUUUAUUUUAAUAUGUGGAGGAUUUUAUAGAUCUUUAAAUAUUUCUUUUGUUUGUGUUUUUAAUGACAGCUGAAGAUUUACUAAUCGUCUAAAAGAAUACACUUUAAAAUGUUUUAUUCAAUUUAAUUUCUGAUUUAAAAAAUUUAAUGAAUUUAUUACUGUUUUUCUAUAU